UCGUAAGGUCCUGUUCACUCGUGAAGAUGCUGCUGCGUCUCUGUGAGGUAGCCUGUGAUGUGCGCCAGCAGAGCGGCUUUCUCUUGGUAUCCCGGUAAACUUCUGGGGGGGAUAGAGGGACCCAGAAACAGCUCCUGAGACUCACAGACUGAAGCUGCUCUGCGGGCAUCGAUUCACGGCUGAAGAAACUGCGCGUUUUUACUUCGUGUCUGACUUCGUGCGAAGAGCUGGAGAGCUAGAGGUUAACUUUGAGCUUGGAAACGCAAGCCAGGCUAUCCUUCACAGGGAAGCAUUUGCAUCUUUUCAUCUGUAAAUCGUCUGUAAAUAUCGUACAGUAACUUUAUUUCACUUUAUCUCAUCCAUUCUGCGCUUGCUUUUUACAUGAGACUGGCAGUCAUACGCGCGCCUCCAAACUAGGACGCACGGAGAACGCACAAGGGUUGAGAUUAUUUGCUCUCCUAAUUAUCGCUUCGCUGUAAAUGACACCAAAUUACUUGAUUGUAAAUUAAAUAUUUCCAGCUUCGAGACAGUUAUUAAUCCAGUGAGAGGAAAAACUUCAUGGGCGAAGGGAGUUUUAGUUUUUUCGGGCUGUGAUGUAACUCUGCAAAAAUUAAUGCAUAGCAGUCAGCGACACGAACGUUUACUCCUGGUCUGUUUUGGAGAGAAAUCUGUUCUACAAAGUGGCAAAUCUUCUUAAUUGAAGAGCAGUGAUCCGUGACUUGACGCAUUGCCCGGGACGGUUUUGUAUGCUUAAAAUGGACUUGGAAGAGCUGCCGUGGAGGAUGCAAGGGAGCUACCGUUUGGAAACAUCACAGGGAUAAAACGAGAGCAACUGAGAGUCCUGUAAUCCCAGCAUGGCCUCGGUUUUGGAGAACGGCUGCUCCAUGGAGCUGAACGGCUGGAACAGCAGCGCCAGCAGCGCCGGAGCCUCGGUGCCCUGCAACCAGAGCAUCCUGAAGCUCGCCCCUUAUUCCCCUGAAGCCACGGCGGCCUUCGCCACCGCCAUAACCUUGAUGGUCCUCUUCACCAUCGUGGGGAACAUCAUGGUCAUCAUCGCUGUCUUGACCAGCCGCUCUCUCCGAGGACCGCAGAAUCUCUUCUUAGUGUCACUGGCUGCUGCAGACAUUUUAGUGGCCACACUCAUCAUCCCCUUUUCUCUGGCCAAUGAACUGCUCGGCUACUGGUACUUCAAGUCUCUGUGGUGUGAGAUCUACCUGGCGCUGGAUGUGCUCUUCUGCACAUCCUCCAUUGUGCACCUGUGCGCCAUCUCACUGGACCGCUACCUGUCAAUUUCCAGGGUGACUUAUGGGCGUCAGCGGACUCCCCAACGCAUCAAAGCCGCCAUAGUGGUGGUGUGGCUCAUCUCUGCCAUCAUCUCUUUCCCUCCUCUGCUCUCACUCAACAAGAGCGAGGGAGGGGAAGAGGGGAGUGAGAGAGGACCUCAGUGCCAGCUUAAUGAUGAGCGCUGGUACAUCCUUUACUCCACCAUCGGCUCCUUCUUUGCUCCAUGCCUCAUCAUGAUCCUGGUCUAUAUCAGAAUCUACCAAAUAGCCAAACAGAGAACACGCUGCCCGCCAGGAGAGCCCAGGAAGGAUGGGGUUGGCUGUGCCACACCAAGUCAGCCUCCACGACAUGUGCAAGCCAACGGGAAGGAUGAUGAAGAAAGCACACCCCCUUCAUCGAACAAAACCUCCAAUGCCAGACCCCCCACCCUCGCCGUGACCCCUUCUCCCACCCCAGGAGAGACUCAAACCACUGAGAACGCCACCUCCAAUAAUCUCCUGCAGCCUCCAUCCCCUUCUCUAGCCAUGACCCCUGUCACAACCUCCCAUGAAACCUCCCUGCAUGGCCCCUCGACUCCCUCCUCUGUGCCUCAGCCUGCCCCUGCCAAGAGUAAAGGGAAGGCAAAGAAAGGCAAACAGCUGCGAGGCAAAAAAGCUGACAAUAACAAUGGUGACAGCUCAAGCACAGAGAGCGAUAUGGAGCACAGCCACGGAGGCCGAGGCAGCACUAGCAUGCCGGGGUCACCUGCAGGAAUCCACUCCCCUGCCUCGGUCAAGCGCUACCGGGACAUGAUUGCGACUUCAAAGGGGGCUCGGCUUGUGCCAGGGAGGAAGUCAAAAAUAGACAACACCCCUGGAGCAGCAAGGCGCAAAGCGAUGGUCAACAGAGAGAAGCGUUUCACCUUUGUCCUGGCAGUGGUCAUCGGAAUCUUUGUGGUGUGCUGGUUCCCAUUCUUCUUCUCCUACUCUCUGCAGGCAGUGUGCCCGGAGACGUGCGCCAUCCCCGAUCCACUCUUUAAGUUUUUCUUCUGGAUCGGUUACUGCAACUCGUCACUCAACCCGGUCAUAUACACGAUCUUCAACAAAGACUUCAGAAAGGCCUUCAAAAAGAUUCUGUGCGGAGGCACCAAGGGUACUUUCUUUUAGCAUAAAAUCUUCUGUACAGGACAUGGACAUUCAAAAAAAAAAUGCAAUCUCUGAGGCAUAUAAAAGAUCAAUCAUUUCCAUUUUUCAGAACACUCAAAGGGCUGUUUUAAAAUAUAUGUCAAACUGUGGAAAUUCUCCAUAUAAAACUGAGAGCCACUCUUUUACAGCCACAGGGUGCACAAACAGACAACUUGGACUGUGAAAUCCAGCUUGCAGCAGAUCCACAUUUUUACAGGGUGUGGGAUGAAAACAGGACAUGUAAUAGAGGCAGCAGUAGACACUUCACUGCUUAGUGCCUCAGUGUUGCAGAUAAGAUUUUCAUUGCAAAGUUUUAUCUGCAGAUCACAUUGAAUAAUGGAUAAUGCUGGGACACGGAUGGGUGCAGAAUCAUAGAAGAAGUGCACACAUUGUCUCUAAAACUGAAGGUUUAGAGAAAAGCAGGAAAAAAAGUUGAGAAUGGAUUCCUGGACUUAAAUACAGAUAGAGUAAUGUAUUAUAUUUAAGAUGUUUUAGUCAUUAAAGGCUCCAGAGUAAACGGGGAAAGAAAACAAGAAUAAAGAUGGAAAAGUGACCUUAGAUUUCUGCGAGCCCUAGGGACAUUUAUUUAUCAAUACAGAGCACAAGGAGCACACAAGGUUAGGGGUGAUUUCUUACGUCUGCAGUCUUAAUUCGCCCAGCUGCAGGGCAAGCAUGUGUUCCUAGAUUUUUAUCUAAAAGAGCAACAACAAGAGAAGGGUUUCUGACGACCUCUGAUGCGAUGGGCACAGACAAGGGUGCCCUUUCAAACUGAACUUGUGGGCUUUCAUGAGGAAAGCCUGCACGUCAGACACCUUGCUCCUGGCUCAGUGUGGGUCAUAAUGGACACUCAGGUUGUUUGUAAUGAUAGUCUUGGCUUUCAUCUUUCAUGAAAUACAUAAAUAGCUCAAGUGAGGGGAAUUUUUUUUGGACUUAAGAGAAAACCACAUGUUAUUGAGAUGUAAAAGUAAGACCGUGUGACCCUCCUCACCCUCUCAGCUUGUUUCAUGCUUUUUAACUCAACCUGGACUAUGACAUCAAUAGACUGGACUGAGCCAUCAUUCUUAUUAACCCAGUGUUUGGACAUUUAAGAAACAAUCACUGUUUUUAGCUGCUUCAGAGCCUAUUCUCAGUAUGUAAGGGGAGGUGCAUAUGCUGAAGACUGAAAAAAAAAUUCUUAUCAUUCAACAUUGUUUUCCAGACACCUGAUUAAGCAGGUAGACAUUUACAUUGACUCUAAAGGACAGAUGAACAAUGCAAUUAUGGAUGUGUAAUGUUACCCCUAAUUACGCCUACAUGGGUUAUUCUGAGAGCCAUUUAGCUGAGUCACUCCUUCCCUCUGGCACAUCAUCGCCUGCAGUGGACCUCUACAUGGCACAUUUGGUUUAUAGCUGAGAGGCGAGAGGAUGAAUGGUACAUUUAUUUUUCUCACCAUGAGACCGAGGCUUUGUCAGCUUCCUCGACAAAAAAAAAAAAAAAAGAAAAAGAAAAUUUGUCUGUGACUGUGAACAGCACACAGGCUUAUUGACUCAAUGGGACAAGGGCUGUCAGCAGCAACACUUCAAUUUACUAAUUGUCUAAUACUGCUGACCUGUAUGAGUGUGCGUGUAUGUGAGCAUUUGUGUGUUGCCUUUUUUUUCUGUAGAGUGUCAGUGCCUCCUCUGGCUGCUAUGUACUACAGAUCUACUGUAAUAUUGAUAGGAACAGAGACCAGAUUUCCUGGUACAGGCAUCGCUUUGAAUAUUUUGACUCGAUGGACAGAUCAGCGGUGUAUUGCUACAUUGAGAAAGUCUUACUGAACUGAAAGUCAGUGUUUAUCAGUGAUAUUGAGUACAUGGCUUUUUGGUGAUCGAUAUAGAUGGAUUACUGAAUGGGCCCGCUGGACACAGGCACAACAAAAUGAUAACAAAGAUACACAAAGCAACAAAAAAAGGAGACACAAAAUGACAUAGAGACACACAAAAUGACCAAAAAUGACACAAAAUGGCU